AUGCAAAUCAAGUCUGCAAAGUUUGAUCACAGUUGCACUAAAGAGCACUAUAACAGACAUGUUAAUGCUAAGUACAUUGCCAUGAAGUAUGUGGAAAGGUUUAGGGUUGAUCCAAGUUGGGCAAUUCAAUGUAUUAUUCAAACUGUUAAGGAGGAUAUGGCAGUUGAUGUGUCUAGGCUAAAGGCUUGGAGAGCUAGGAACAUUGCUCUGAAGUUCAUUGAUGGUGAUGAAAGAGAGCAAUUGGGUAGACUGCAUGAUUAUAAACUUGAGUUACUAAGGAGUAAUCCUGGGUCCACAACUGUGCUACAUUUGGAGGAACAAGUAUUCAAGGGUUUAUAUGUCUGUUUUGCUACCCUAAAGGAUGGAUUCAAGUAUUGCAGACCUUUAAUAUCAAUUGAUGGUUGCUGGUUGAAGGGAAUUUAUGGUGGGCAGCUACUAACAGCUGUGGCAAUUGAUGCCAACAACUGUAUUUAUCCAGUUGCUUGGGCAGUUGUUCAAAAGGAGAACAAGGAUAACUGGAAAUGGUUCCUAAACCUACUAGCAGCUGACUUGGAACUCAACAACAGUCACCACUGGACCUUUGUGAGUGACAGACAGAAGGGUUUAAUUCCUGCAAUUGAAGAGAUGCUUCCCAAUGCAGAACACAAAUUUUAUGUUAGACAUGUCCACAAUAAUUUCAAGAAAAAUUUUAAUACAUUAGGACUAAAAGAGGGGGAUAGAUUUCAGGUGGUUGGUCCUGGAGGGCAGUUUGUGGUUGACAUUAAGGACAAAACAUGUACUUGUAGGAGGUUUGAUUUAACUGGCAUACCAUGCUGCCAUGCAAUGUGUGCAAUCUGGUAUAAGCAUGAUAAUCUUGAGAAUUAUCUAGAUGAUUAUUACAAGGUCAGUACUUAUUUAAAAACAUACAGCCACUUGCUAAACCCUACUACUAGCUAUGAAUUUUGGCCAAGAGCCACAGCACCACCUGUGCUACCUCCUGCUCCAGUUCAACCAAAACAGAGAGGCAGAUCUAUUACAAAGAGGAGAUUAAAAGAAGAUGAGAUGACAGCUCUACUACAAAAGGGCAAAGUAAGCAAAAAAGGCUCAGUGAUGACUUGA